AUGCACCUCCGCCUUGGUCAGCUUAUCAAGGAGAAUUUAAUUCAAAGGGUCAGGGAUGCCAAGUGGUUUAGCAUCUUAGUUGACGAGGUGACGGAUUGUGCUACCUUAGAGUGCCUGUUGAUCUAUAUUGGUUAUGUUGAUGAGGAAGGGAAGACACAUUUUAAUUUUCUUGAGGUAAAAGAUGUUCUUGAGACAUCAGAAUCAGCAGAUUCGGAGACUCUCACAAGGAUCAUCACUGAGGAGCUGAAAGCAUGUGGUCUAAACCUUGCUUUAGUUUGUGGUUUUGGCUCAGAUGGUGCUAGUGUCAUGACUGGCAAAAAUAAUGGUGUUGGUGCCAGACUUCAGAAAGUGUGUAGCAUCAUGGUACGCAGUCACUGCAUUAACCACAGGCUUGCCUUGGCAUGCAGUGAUGCUAAUGACACCGUGAAGUACAUCCAGACCAUCGAACUUACUCUUUGUCAGUUGUGGAAGUGGCUGGAGUACCAAAAACGCUGUUCAGCAUUUGUAAAGGUCUGUGUGUCACUUCAGAAAAUAAAGCUGGUUGCUGCUAAUGAUGACCACACAAAACAGAAAAAGCUGUCCAAGUCUCUGGCAGUGAAGAUACAGAAAGGUUGCAGGACAAGGUGGCUUUCAACUGGUCAAAGUGUUUCAAGCAUCUGCCGAAACCUUCUUGCCCUGAUGCAGACAUUGAGGCAGUUUAAGGAAGCUGAUGCUACAGCUCAAGGUCUUGUCUAG